UCUCAAUCCACCAAUGGCGUGCUGUAAACGCGGGGGUUGUAAUCGUUUGGAUUUGGGUAGAAGGGCAGUUUAUUUCCUGAUAGCGUUUUGCUAUCUAUGUUAUUGAUCUACUGUUAGCUAGGUAGGUAAUAUGACAUUUUCUUAGCUAUCAGCGUUCAGGUAAGCAUUCUGCCGUAUAUUUUACUCUCUGAAAGUCGGAAAUCUUCACUAUCGUGUAUCGCACAACAGUUUAUAUGUUAUUCACGUAACGGUUUGGAUGUCGCUAAACUAGCUAGUUAGCUAGCCAACAUCUUAAUGUAUUUAUUGAAUAGGCUAGCUAAAGUAACUGAAUAGUUAUCUGAUCAAACUGGACAUCCCAACGGGCUGUAAGAAAACAUAGUUAGCUAUCAAGUGUCUAACGUUACCUACUGGGCUAACUGUUAAGUGUCAACAUGCAUGCAAGCAUCAUGCAUUCCAUUGUAUGAUUAAUUGAUAUCCAUAGCUAGCUAGACAAACAAGAGCCUGCCUCAACAUGACCAGUGCCAUGUUCCUUCUUUACUUUAUAUGUUUACCUAGGUUUUGUGAAACCAUAAAGUCAGCUGUAACGUUAGACAUGGGGGAGCCCAAGACGCCCAAAUUUGGGUCCAUAGAAGAAGAGCUGAGUUUCUGGAAGGAGCAGUCAGACAAACACCAGCAAAGGGCUGAGGAGGCACAGGAGGAGUUGCAGGAGUUCCAGCAAAUGAGUAGGGACUAUGAGGCUGAGCUGGAGACUGAGCUGAAGCAGUGUGAAGUACGGAACAGAGAACUACUGUCCAACAACAACCGGCUACGCAUGGAACUGGAGAACAUCCAGGAGAAGUACGAGGCGCAGCACUCUGAAGCGUUUAGGCAGAUCUCAUUGCUGGAGGGAGACCUGGAAGAGACCACAGCGGUCAAGGACCAACUCCAGAAGUACAUCAGAGAGCUGGAGCAGUCCAAUGAUGACCUGGAGAGGGCCAAGAGGGCGACCAUCAUGUCCCUGGAGGACUUUGAGCAGAGGAUGAACCACGUGAUCGAAAGGAACGCCUUCCUGGAGAGUGAGCUGGACGAAAAGGAAAACCUUCUGGAGUCUGUCCAGAGACUAAAGGAUGAGGCCAGAGAUUUACGACAGGAGCUAGCUGUACAGCAGGUCCAGGAGCGACGCCCCCCCAGUAGCUUCUCUAAAGAGAAAGACAGGACCGAAUCAUCGUCACGCUCCACCAUACCGACCACCCCCUCCAAACCACUUGGUACAUUCCCAGCAACCCCAGCCUCAAGCAUUCGUCGAGGGGAUAACCUAACAGGAACUCCACUGACUACGUCGGCUCGCAUAUCUGCACUCAACAUCGUCGGGGAGCUCCUAAGAAAAGUUGGGAACCUGGAGUCCAAGUUGGCGUCUUGUCGAGACUUCGUAUACGACACGUCUCCGAAAAGAUCGGCUCUUCCGUCGUGUCCCGGUACCCCCUCUGCUAUAGAGGGAGGCACAGAGAUCCAGGCCUGCAGCAUGAGCCCUCCACACUACGACAGUUUGGUGAAGCGGUUAGAGUUUGGACCUGCGCCUCCUCGGGGGGUCUCCUCCCACGGCUCCCAGUCACCAUCGGGGGGAGUCAAGAUCCUGCUAUGAAACGAGGGCUUCCCCUGCCCCCCUCCACCAGACUGUACUACCCAUCAGUAGGGCUUUAAACUGUGUCCCCCUCACUACCAGCUGAACAUCCUCCCCCCGAACCAGGAAGCCGCUCCCUCUAUCAACUUAUUUGCUGCAUGGACUCUGCUGAGAAGAACUGCCGUGUCAUGAUGCUACAGUUUUAUUUGAUUAAUGAAUAAUAUAAGUGAGGAUUCCUUGACCCUGCUGCAUGUCCUCCUGCUGAACCCAAGUCCUGCUACUAUACCACUAACACCCCCCCGGUCCUUCUUGUACCCACGUUCUCUGGAUUGAACUCUUGGUGUGCCAGCUGUAGCAGAAGAGUGAAGUUGGUCGAUAAUUGGCAGUGUUAGCAUUGCUGCCUUUUAUCAAUAUCACCACCACAUGGAAGUUUUGCCUAGUCAUGAUUCCUUUCUGUAUGUCCAACUCUCUGAUAUGUCCGUUCGUAGCUAAGCCACAUGUGCUUAGAGGCUAUACGUGUAAAGUGUCAGAGAUGGUAAGUUAGGCUAGCUUUACCUUUGAGAAUGUGUAUUAUUCCUUUCUUCGUGCCGUGUUGUCAUCGGCUGUAAAAGCUAAGGAUGGUCUGAAGUUAUGGGUACUACUACUUUACAGGUCAAUGUUUGAGUUAAAAGCAAUGGUUUAUUAAUGUACAAAUAUACAUUAUUUUAAAGGUCUUCUACCUGGUAACUUGAAAAAGUAUUCUGUGAGAAAUGCACAGACUAGCUACCCUUAUACCCCGUCAUGCAUUUGCAGAAUGUUUUACAAGGUAGGCAAGAUAUAGGAACAGAGAGAGUACAUUGAGUUAACUUCUGAGAAUCUCAAAUUUAGUCUGUCUUUGGCAAAGACAUUUCUUUCCGUUACCACAGUUGAUAAAGUUGCCGUUUAAGUUAGAUUUCUCUCCAUUUGUUUGAUGGUUUGUAUAUGUUCUUCAUCUUUUACGAGUUGGAGAGUUAGGGGGCACCACUGCACUACUGAAUGUAUAGAAUCUAUAUUACAGAUGUUUCUAAUAGGAAGUGGCCUAAAGCUUUGGUUCAGUUUGAGCAGGUCAGUCGAGCUGGAAUUCCUGUCAAAAGACUGAUCUUUUAUCAGAUCAGGGAGCUAUCGAAGAUGACAAAAUAGCAAUAAUAGAUUUGACAGAGUUCGAUUUUACAGAAUAGGGUUUUGAGAAAGCACAGUUCCUACUAUAUUUCCAAAACCAUUAUGGAUGAUGCCUUGGUUACUGUUAAUGCUGGACGUAUGAAUUCAUUACGUGCUGUUUAAAAUAAUGUUUUAGCCUUUGUCUUUCCAAUGAGGAGCAAUAGUCCGAUAUCAAGGACAUGUUACUACUCAACGACAGAUGGAACGUUUGUACUUAUUAGCAAUAUAUAUAUAUACUGUAUAUCACUGAUUUAUAUUUGUUCCAUCCAUAUGUGUUUAAUCCAAUUCCCGUCAUGUUCGUGAUAAAGGAGUUGAUAUGAGACCAGAAUAAUAUGUCUACAAAACAACUGUUACAGCAGCUGUUCUUGUGUAAGUACUCUGCUGUUGUGUGAACUAAGGACCAGGAAGUACCGUUUGUACUUUUACAACUGUACAUGUAACCGUUUGUGGGUGUGUUACUAACAUACUAACUUCUGUUUGCGUUUACAUUGAAAUGUAUGCACCUGAGGUGCUCUACCUUUUGACCUGUUGGUUUGCAAUCCUUUUUGUAUCAAAAUGAACACAUAAAAUGAACAUUCUAAACAUGCUUUUGGCAUUAUCAUUCAGGAUGUGGAGACAGACAUAUAGUAGAGAAAUAGGGUUACUUUUUCACUCUUUAUUAUGCAGGUGGUUCCACAAUUUAUAGAUUUAAAGAAGUGGCAUGUAAACGUCAAUUGAGUCAAAACAAGACAGAACAUUGUUAAGGUGACCAGUGGCGGGAAAAUCUCAAAAAUAUUUUUGUUGAAUAUGCAUCUGGACACACACAAAAUGGCCUUGACGGUAUGACACUAUUCCUGCUGAUGAUAUUCUACUUGGCAAGGUACACAACUGAAAAGUAUCGGUCUUAUUGAUACUAUCUGUGUAUUAGACUAUGUACGAGAAAGGGGUGACUGGUUUUGGUUUCUAAAAGUAGGAAGGUGUUCUCUUACCCAUACUUUACACUCAGAGAAAUAUUCAAAGUAUGAAAUAUAUAUGG